AUGGGUAGAGCUCCUUGCUGUGACAAGGCAAACGUGAAGAAGGGUCCGUGGUCUCCUGAAGAAGACGCAAAGCUCAAGUCUUACAUUGAAAAGUAUGGCACUGGGGGUAACUGGAUUGCUCUUCCUCAGAAGAUUGGUAUGAAUGGACUAUUAUCUCUCCUUCCUCCCACGGUGUCGUGUGAUUGUGUCUACAUUUAUGUUUGGAAAACUCCUAUAUCCCCGAUCCGUUGGUUUAACCUCACAAGUUAUUUGGUCCAAAAUUAA